UGUGCAUCUCCUAAUGAAAACGAGCUCAUUGCCAUGGCAAAUGCCUUGUCUUCCCAACAAAGGUUUAGUUUUGUGCAACGGCACACAAAUACAGAAAAAUGGCUUCCGUCGGUGCAAUCAUUGUUCGAUCUCUUGAAACCAGCAAUACUUCUUUUGCUGGAAAGAGGAAUCAAAUUGCUCAUUGUGACCCUUGGUUCUGAUGGUGUAUUUGUAUGCUUCAGAGAUGUUGCUGACUUCCUGAAAGACAUUACUAUAAAGAACAAAGAAGAAGUUGAUCACAAUAGACAACUAUUGAAGCUUAUCAACAAAAAUUGCCCUCCUCACCACCAUGAAAGUUUCCUGAGAUUUGUACAGAUGAGUUCAGGUUCUUUUGCCUUUCAUCUUCCAGCACCACCUGCUUCAGUGGUGAGCCUUACUGGCGCCGGCGAUUGCUUGGUUGGUGGAAUACUUUCUUCUCUUUGUUCUGGUUUGGAUAUCAUGCAAAGUGCUGCAGUAGGUGUUGCUACAGCGAAAGAGGCAGUUGAGGCUUUUAAUAAUGUGCCAGUUGAAAUAUCAUUGAACAGAAUUGCUUCUGAAACUCACAAAAUUCUUUCAGGUGCUAAGCAACUAAUCUUUGAUGCUUAGUUUGUUUAUGAUUUCAGAAGUUUUUUGAGAAGUGAGAACCAAAUGUUAGCUGUUUUCUUUGUAAUGGACUUAGCCGUUGUGUCGCUGAUUUCUUUUUUCGGGGGAUAUUUAGGCCAAUUAAGACAAACUCACAAACAAAACACAGGCAAGCUUCGAACCAAAGACCUCUUGAUUGAUAGUCAAAGUUCCCAAUCAAAAGAUAGAAGUGAGUUGCGUUUGCUACUUUCUUUAUAAAUCUGUUUUUGUCAAAUAAAAUCCUAAUUCUUCAUUUAAUCACAAAUGAUGAAUUUGAUCUUAUAUUCCUGUAUUUUAAUGUGGACUGAGCUUAUGUAAUUUGAUUUUUAAUGGUCAUUUUUGUUUGAUUCUAAAUUA